AUGGAAGAUGUCAUAGCACGCAUGCAAGAUGAAAACAAUGGGAUUCCUAUUCGUACGGUCAAAAGCUUUCUUUCCAGGAUACCUAGUGUCUUCUCUGGUAAUGAUAUCCUUCCCUGGCUGCUAACUAAUCUCAAGCUUCAGUCCCCGGUGGAGGCUCUCCAUCUGGGAACAUUAAUGGCUGCUCAUGGCUAUUUCUUUCCAAUCUCAGAUCAUGUCCUCACACUAAAGGAUGAUGGUACCUUCUACCGAUUUCAAACACCCUAUUUUUGGCCAUCAAAUUGUUGGGAGCCGGAAAAUACAGACUAUGCGGUUUACCUCUGCAAGAGAACAAUGCAAAACAAAGCAAGGUUGGAGCUAGCAGACUAUGAGGCUGAGAGCUUGGCCAGGCUGCAGAGAGCAUUUGCCCGGAAAUGGGAGUUCAUUUUUAUGCAGGCAGAGGCACAAGCAAAAGUGGACAAGAAAAGAGACAAAAUUGAAAGGAAGAUCCUUGAUAGCCAAGAGAGAGCAUUCUGGGAUGUGCACAGACCUGUGCCGGGAUGUGUAAAUACUACUGAAGUGGACAUUAAGAAGUCAUCUAGAAUGAGAAACCCACACAAAACCCGAAAGUCUGUCUAUGGUUUACAAAAUGAUAUUAGAAGCCACAGCCCUACCCAUACGCCCACACCAGAAACUAAGCCUCCAACAGAAGAUGAAUUACACCAACAGAUAAAAUAUUGGCAAGUACAGUUAGAUAGACAUCGGUUAAAAAUGUCAAAAGUUGCUGAUAGUCUGCUAAGUUACACAGAACAGUAUUUAGAAUAUGACCCAUUUCUUGUGCCACCUGACCCUUCUAACCCAUGGCUGUCCGAUGAUACUACUUUCUGGGAACUUGAAGCAAGCAAAGAGCCGAGUCAGCAGAGGGUAAAACGAUGGGGUUUUGGUAUGGAUGAAGCUUUAAAGGACCCAGUUGGGAGAGAACAGUUCCUGAAAUUUCUUGAGUCAGAAUUCAGCUCAGAAAACUUACGAUUCUGGCUAGCAGUGGAAGACCUGAAGAAAAGGCCGAUUAGAGAAGUCCCCUCCCGAGUACAGGAAAUAUGGCAAGAGUUUCUGGCUCCCGGAGCCCCCAGUGCCAUUAACCUGGAUUCUAAGAGUUAUGACAAAACCACACAGAAUGUGAAGGAACCUGGACGUUACACAUUCGAAGAUGCUCAGGAGCACAUUUACAAACUUAUGAAAAGUGAUUCAUAUCCACGUUUUAUAAGAUCCAGUGCCUAUCAGGAGCUUCUACAGGCAAAGAAAAAGGGGAAAUCUCUCACAUCAAAGAGGUUAACGAGCCUCGUUCAGUCUUACUAAACGGAUCACCCUGUAGCAUGAAAGCAGACUGGAGUUGUUGCACACAUUUUGUAGCUCACGUUUAACUGGAGCAGAAGACGUUAGACCCAGGUGUUGCAUGAGCAAAAGACCUGACUUGUUCUUUUCUGUGUACACAUUUGUGUAUACACUGCCAUCUCCAUGGGACUCUUGACCAUCAUUCCAAUGCCUCCAUUCCAAACAUUGUCUGUCUUCUUCCUUCUUGUACUAAACUGGAUCAGUGUCUUUUCCUUUUUAAUAAGUUGAAGUGAAGUAAAACCUUUUUCUUUUUUAAAAAAUUUCCUCUUUUAGAGCUUCUGCUAGACACAGAUUUCAGUAAAAAUUCAGUCAGUCACAAACUGGGUGAAUUGCAAAAUAAAAACAAAAACAUAUUAAUAUGCAUAUGACGUCACAUAACUAAAUAAUACAUUAACACAGAAAGUUUCGUUUCACCAAUGUAUUCAGUCAGUACACGCUCAUGUCUUUGUCUGUUGUCUGUACAUUCUCAGUUAAUGUUUCUUGCAUUUAUUUUUAUACCAUAUUUAAAUAAGAAACACCUUUUACUCUGUAUUAAAGUUGAUCCCUUCUCUGUAUAUUUGUGUAAGUUUAUAUUGUUUUAUCUUUCAUUAAAAGAUGCAGAAUCUC